UUACAAUUUCUUAUUUUAUUUAUGUAAACAAUGAAAAUUAUAAACAUUUUCAAUAAUUCUAACAAGAAAAUUUACUAGUUAUUGGUCGAAAAGACAAACACAUUCAUCGCCAUCUUGAGGAUUAACGUUUUGCGAAUCUUCAAAAUAUUCGUCAUUACCUGCAAGAACACAUUUAAUUAAUUAUAAACAAUGAAGUUCAGAUUUUGCGGAGACGCGGAUUGUCCAGAUUGGGUUCUCGUCGAGAUCAACACACUAUCCCGAUUAUCUUCGAUUAAACUUAAAUUACUAGCGCAAGUGGUGGCGCUCGGUUUGAUAAAUCCACCGAUAAACAUGGAAAAAGCCGAAAAACUAUUCUCAGACUCCAAAUUGGACACGGAUAUCGAUUUGAAGGCUUGUAUUGCCUGCAUAAGCUACAUAUUAACCUCUACAACCCGGUUUAAUUGCGAUAGCAACGUUCUGCAAAACGAAUUGCAACAGUUAGGACUCCCGAGAGAACACAGCACGUCCCUUAAGAGAGUCAUCGACGAUCAAGUUUCUGCUCUUAAGGAGAAGUUCAAGCAAGCCUCGCUUAGAGUCAAUCCUUUAGAGCAUUUCAGUGCUUCUGUAGAUGAUGAUUUGAAAUGCGCUAUUUUAGAAUUGAAAAUUAACGGGGAAACUCAAAAUGUUACUCUUACUCCGCAUUUGGUCGAUGUUUUGUUGGAUAAUUUGGAGCAAGUGAGGAAAAAGAUGGUGGAGUUAAAAGAAGCAUCAUGAACUUAGUAAGGUACAAUUAAUUGUAUAGCUUUAAAUUCAAUCGAAUUAUCAGUUAUUUUUGUAUAUUGUGUGUAAGAGACAAGGUUAAAAAAUUUUCUUUGUUCUAAUAUAAAAAAAUGUAUUUUACUUACCUUUUGAUUUUAAAGGAGAAGUUCUCAUUCUGUUCUUUUCAAAGGGACCUAUUGAAGAAACAUAAU